AUGGAUCCUUAUUGGAAGGAGUUAAUUGGCAACGACAAGAAGACCACAUUAGGCGAUAUCGGCGAAAUGCUUCUUCACGACAAGGACAUGGAAUCUGGCCGAAGAUUGAGACUUGCGCUCUUGCUUAUAGUAGACGGUGUUCUUAUCGCAAACGCUCAAGUUCACAAGCCAACCCUCAAGUAUGUUAAGAUGUUGGCUGGCAUAGAUUCAUUUAUGGCGUUUCCUUGGGGCAGAGGAUCGUUUAUGAAAACAAUUUGUUGCAUGCUCCCCCCACGUAAAAGCCAAGGGAAAUCCGAUGCGACUGUUGUUGAUUUUCGCCAGCUUCUACGUCAGGCUACUUUACAAAUGCAAGGUUUCCCACUUGUUUUGCAGCUUGUUGCCUUCCAAGCGAUCCCUGGACUACCCAGGAGGUUGUCUGUAGAUGAGGAGCAUCCUACUUUACUCGAAUGGACCGGCGUCAAACUUCCUAAGAACGAUUCGCUGUCGUACACUGAUGUGCUUGAUGUUGAGUUCGAUAAGAAUCUUGUUGUUUGUCCACUCAUACCUGUUGAUAUUCCAAGUGACGAUGGAUGGGGUGAGUUUGACGACAAAAUUAAAGAUAGGAAAGUCAACUAUUUGGAGGAAUUGUGCAGGACUGGUCAUAUAUUCAGUAAGCGUAUGUGGUCUGGAGGAGACGCUACAGAGGAUCUGAUCGAGCAUGAUUCAAAACCUGUUCAACGGAUGCACAAAAAACACUUGGUUGACCGUAAAAGGAAACACCCGUCCACGCAGAUAUAA